UCACCACCACCACUCUCGCUGUCACCGCUCUCGCCACCCUCUCGUUUCCACCACCCCCCACCCGAUGCACCCCACGGCGCAGACGCGCCGCUCCUUCAUCGAGAAGGAGGCGGGCGGCGCCAGCUCGCAGCGGCAGGAGGCGAUGCAGCGCCUCAACGCACAGGGCGUGGUGCCCAAGAAGCAGGCGUUCGGCAUCAAGUCGCGCCGCAGCUCGCAGCACGCGGCCGCCCUCUCCGCCCUCUCCGCCAACGGCGCCGCCGCGCCGAGCCACGAGGCCGCCGCCGUGCCCAAGCCGAUGGCGCCGUCGAGGCCCGCCCCCUCCAGCCCGCCCAAGAAGGGGCCGGUGGCGCCGGCGGCGCCUCCGCCACCGCCCCCCGCGCCGGGCGGCGACGUGUGCAGCGAGUACCGCCUCGACAUGGCCGCCGCCACCUUUGGCGCCUGCGUCUGCGGCUUUCCAAAGUCGACGCACUGCUCCGCGACGCUCCGGUCGGCGGCCGCGGCUCCCGCCAGCUUCAAUCCGGCUCCCGGCUUCGACGCGACGCAGGCGUCGACGGCUCGCGCCGCGAUCCUCGCAAAGAUGGCCUCUGUCGCCUAGAGGGGCAGCAGCGCCGCCUCGCGCUGGGGCGGUGGCCGCGAGCGGCCACUGCCUCGUGCUCUUGCCGGCUCGCACUCUUUGGUGAGUGUUGAGCUUGCGCGUGCCGACCCUCUGUUCUGCCCUUGUGCAUGCGACCGGCAAGGCUUAGUCGAGGGGACAGCUCCGGAGGCACUGCUCGCUUCUGCUCUCCCCCCCGCUUCGUCGCCGCUCUCUCCGCCCCGAUCCCCUAGAGCAAAAGCAAACCCUCCCGCCCCCGCUCCUCACCCUUCCGCUGUGUGGUGUAUUGCGCGCACUUGAUGUACGUGCGCCUGUCUCUGCGCUCACGCUAUGUCCUCAUUGUUAUCCAGUUAUGUGCUAGUGUCACUGUCAGAGCACAGAAGCUCAGAAGUUCGCGUUUGACUUUGUGUUUGGUUUGUC